AAAAAGAAAGCAAUCAAGGGAAGGGGUAUCCAAUCUGGGCCCACCACCGCUAUCUUUUUGUCCUAAAUCCACUCCACAUUCUUCCUUUCAUUCUCCCACUUUUCUUCUUUUCAAGAUACAACUAUCCCCCAUUUUCUUCCCCUCCCAUUUAAUAUAAUCUCCAAUGCUGCCAUUCUUGGAAAAAAAAUAUUCCUUUUUGAGCUCAUCACUCUGUUUUUCUAGUCUCAGAAAAAGAAACCCAACUUUCUUGAACCUUCAAUAUUUUGUUCUGGUCUGCUGUUGAUGGUGAUGAAGGCCCUUAAGUUUUGCUGCACCUUUCACUUGACUGUUCUCUGUUACUUUCUUCUGCAACCACUUUUUGUUUGCUCCAAGAAUCAUGGAAAUGCUGCUAAUGACCUUCUUGACAUCAUCAACAACAAUCGAACGUCCCAGAAGCUUCCCAAGUUAAGCAGCAGUCGAGGCCUCGGGUGCAUUGCUCUGCAGUAUGCACAAGAAUGCAAGGGCAACUGCAGCAGCAACAAUACCAUCCAUUGUCAGCCGUUAGAGGAUGACUUCACCGAAGUCUUUGCUCCCAACUGUGGUGUCGAGCUCCCCACUUUCGGAACCAUAUCCGGCCUUAUUUUGGGAUGCCACCAGAAAUAUCUUCAGCCACAUGAAGCCUUCCCAAAUGUCCUCGUUCAAGAUCAGAAGACGCUGUCUCUGCUGAGAAACAAGACGAUCACUGAAGCUGGAGUGGGUAUAAUUGGCAGCCACAAGCACAAGGGGCCUUACAUUUGGUGUGUUUUGUUCAGUAACAGCCCGACAAACAGUACGUUUGUUCUUGAAGAUCUCGGUGAAGGAAUCGAGCAGAAGAGAGGCUGUUACAGUGGAGCUACCUUGCCUUGCAGUGCAGGACACAAGAAUUCUGGUUUGGUUUUGAACACUUUGAUACUUUUGUUCAUAAUUUAUUCUUCCUCACUUUUGUGGUGAAUGGUGAUUACUGUUAUUUGAUUAUUAUUUUUGAUAUUCCAUCUUCGUUUAAGCA